AUGGCUGAGCAAACUUUAAGGCAACUUGCAGCCCCUGAUGUGAAUUAUAAUGGCUUAUGCAUUGAAUAUCCUGGUACUGAGGCACCUUUUGAACUAAAAUCUGGUUUGAUACACUUGUUGCCAAAGUUUAAUGGUCUUGCAGGUGAGGAUCCUCAUAAGCAUCUGAAGGAAUUCCAGGUCGUGUGCUCCACACCAUCAAGGCCUGAAGGAAUCACUGAAGACCACAUCAAACUCAGAGCCUUUCCAUUCUCAUUACAAGGUGCAGCAAAAGACUGGAUAUAUUACCUUGAGCCAAACUCCAUCACAAGCUGGAAUGCCCUCAAAAGAGUGUUCCUUGAAAGAUAUUUCCCUGCCUCCAGAGUAUCCUCAAUCAGAAAAGAUAUAUGUGGUAUUAGGCAGGAAAAUGAGUCAUUAGCUGAAUACUGGGAGAGAUUUAAGAAGUUAGUUGCAAGCUGCCCUCAACACCAGAUCAGUGAACAAUUACUCAUCCAGUAUUUUUAUGAGGGAUUGUUACCAAUGGAUAGAAGCAUUCUUGAUGCUGCUAGUGGUGGAGCACUUGUUGAUAAAACCCCAGCUGCUGCCAAGGCCUUGAUUGAAAAGGUGUCUCUCAACUCCCAACAGUUCACCACUCGAAGCAGUUCUGUCCAAACCAAGGGUGUGCAUGAAAUUCAGGUUUCUUCCAACAAAGCUGUAGAAACCAGAAUUGAUGAGCUUACCUCUCUGGUGAAAAAACUGGUAGCAGGCACAUCUCAGCCAGCUGGAACAGCUCACACAAAAUGGGUAUGUGGUAUUUGUACUUCUCCUGAGCAUCCAACUGACAUUUGUCCUGUCUUACAAAAUGAAUCAGGUGCUGAGAUCCCUCAGGCCUAUGCAGCAAAUCUUUACAACAAUCCUGACCUGUCAACAAACAGAUACCAUCCCAGUUGGAAGAACCAUUCAAACCUGAGAUAUGGAAACCAACAGUCCAACCACCAACAGAAUCCACAACGAGUGGCUACUCCUGCACCCUCUGGAUCUGGACCUUCCUUAGAGAACAUUGUCAAACAAAUGGCUGUCAACAAUCUCCAGUUCCAACAGAGAACAGACUCUAGCAUCCAGAUCAUCAAUACACAGAUUGGACAGCUUGCUACUCAAAUAAAUACUAUGCAGUCCCAAGGAUCAAGCCAACUUCCUGCACAAACAGUUGUCAAUCCAACUGGUCCUGCUAAUGUGAGUGCAAUUACCCUGAGAUCCGGUAAAGUUGCAGAAACAACCACCAAAAAAAUUCCUGAGGUAACAUCUGAACCUUCUUCAUCUGUGGUAGAAACUGAUGAUGUUCCUGAGAAAUAUGCACCACCAGUUCCCUUUCCAAACAGAAUUCAGAAAAAUAAAAGGUUUGACGAAGGGGAUAAAGAAAAAGAAAUUCUAGAUGUAUUCAGGAAAGUUGCAGUUAACAUUCCGCUUCUUGAUGUCAUUAAGCAGAUUCCAAAGAAGUGA